UUGAACUGUAUUUUCUUAGAAGAAGUGACUUAAAUUUCUGGAACUUAUCUAAUUAAAAAUUAUAAAAAUAUGGACAUGACCAAAAUCUGAAUUAUUUGUAAGAAAAACAUAGGGAACGAGAGUGGUCUAUCUUUAAACAUGGAAAAGAAGCAUCUUUCUUCCAUUGCCAAUGACGUCCUACAGAGAUGUUCUUUGAGGUUGGACACCUCAGUGGAUGAACUAGUGCACGAAUUUGAGGCCGGAUGGGAGCCUAAGAUGGAGGGUUAUUCAAGGAAGUUAGUGGAGUUUUGCUGCUCUAAGGCCCUUACCGACAUAUGCAGUAAGUUGGAGGAGACGUUAGUCGAUGGUUCUUUUAGCCGGAUCAUGUUUGAUAUGAUGCUAGCAUGGGAAACGCCUAGUUCAGCUGAUGAAGAGAGGCAUACAGUUAGUUUCCUUGCUUGAUUUUUUUAUCCAAUU